AUGUUCCCCCACCUGAAGGGUCACGGGCAGCGGGUCAACCUGCAGCUGCUGCAGGAGGCCGCCUGCCGCGAGCUGGUGCAGCAGCUGGAGCGCAUCGAGGGCAGCAAGGUGAUCGUGCUGGACGAGGCGAUGAUUGGGCCACUGGACCUGGUCACGCGGCCGAAGCUCUUCGCCGAUCGCGGCAUCCGGCUGCUGGCCCUCAAGCCGGAGCUCCAUCUGCCGCGCGAGGUGGCCAAUGUGGUGUACGUGGUGCGUCCGCGCGUCGCGCUCAUGGAGCAGCUGGCCGGGCAUGUGAAGGCCGGCGGACGAGGCGCCGCCAAUCGCCAGUAUCACAUCCUCUUUGCCCCGCGACGCUCGUGCCUGUGCAUCAGCCAGCUGGAGGCCGGCGGCGUGCUGGGCAGCUUCGGGCACAUCGCCGAGCUGGCCUGGAACUAUCUGCCGCUGGACGUGGACCUCGUGUCGAUGGAGCUGCCCAGCGCCUUUCGCGACGUGAGCGUCGAUGGCGACACUAGUUCGCUCUACCAGGCGGCCGUGGGCCUGGUGCAGCUGCAGCGGCUCUACGGGCGCAUACCAAAGAUCUACGGCAAGGGCGAGUUCGCCCAUCGCGUCUGGGAGCACGCCAAGCAGCUGGGCAGGGAUGAGAGGACGCUGUACAAUGGCGACAAGGGCGUCGUCGAUCAAUUGAUCCUCUUGGACCGGGGCAUCGAUCUGCUCAGUCCGCUGGCCACGCAACUCACGUACGAGGGGCUUAUCGAUGAGUUCUACGGCAUCAGGCAGAACAAACUAACCCUUCCCGCCGAGAAUUUCCCAUCCGAAGGAGGCGGAAACGUAGGCAGUGUCUCCCGGGCAGAGGAAUCGCAAUCCCUGCUGGGCGACAGCGAGAAGAAAACCAUCCUGCUGCAUUCCGGCGAGCAGCUGUACGCCGAACUGCGCAACAAGCACUUCAACGAGGUCACCAAACUGCUGGCGCGAAAGGCACGCGAAAUCCAUGUCCAGAUGCACGCCACAUCGCAGGACAAGAGCGUGCAGGAGAUCAAGAGCUUUGUGGAGAACCUGCUGCCGCAGCUGAUGGCCCAGAAGAAGGCCACCUCGGAGCACACGGCCAUCGCAGGGCUGCUGCACGAGCAGGUGAACGCCGUGCGAUUUGCCGACGACCUGGCCGCCGAGCAGGAGUUCAUGGUCUGCGCGGACAUCGACAAGCCGAGCGCCUACAUCGAGGAUUUGAUAGCCUGUAAGGCGGAUCUCCGUCGCGUCCUGCGGCUCAUCUGCCUGCAGUGCAACGCCGCCUCGGGGCUCAAGGAGAAGCUGCUCAAUCACUACAAGCGCGAACUGGUCCACGUUUACGGGCUGGAGGUGCUGCUCACCAUCAGCAACCUGGAGAAGUCCGGCCUCCUGCACCUGCAGACGGAGUCGCGGGCGUACAGUGUGUUAAGAAAGACACUUCACCUCACCGUGGACGACAAUGUGGAGGUGGAGCCCAAGGAUAUCAGCUACGUGCACAGCUUCUAUGCCCCGCUCACCGCUCGCAUUGUGGAGCACUCGCUGAAGCCGCUGGGAUGGCAGUCGCUCAAGAGCCAGAUCAACAACUUGCCGGGCCCCACGUUCGAGGACUUUCAGGCGCAGCUGGUGGGGAUUGGGGGACGGCAGACUGUGGGCACCGUCAGCGAGGGAUCGCUGCUGAAUGUGCCGCGCGUGGUGCUCGUCUGCUUUGUGGGCGGUUGCACCUUUGCCGAGAUCGCGGCACUGCGCUUCCUGGCCGCCCAGGAGGACAACAACGUGGAGUUCCUGAUCGCCACCACGAAGGUGGUCAACAAACACUCCUUCCUGGACAGCCUGAUGAGCUCGUGAGGGCGGCGGCUCAGCCGAUUGGAGGCCCAUCGCCUGUCCAACGACCAUGGAUUGGCACGUGGAUGAAACGCGUCGGAACCGCUGAAGCCGAGACCAAAGCGAAAGGGCAAGCGGCGCAGCGCGGCGAUAAGGCCUGCGGAUUAGCAUCCAGUUUGAGGAUUUGCCUCCUUGUUGAGGAUGCGCCGGCACGUUGAAAAACCAUAAUAUCAUAAUAUAUAUAUGUAUAUUUUUCGAUCGCGGCAUUUACUCUUGUAUUCUAUGUAUCGUAUAUGAUGAAGCAUAUAUUUAUUUAUAUAUAUACCCAAAUAUGUACAAUUAUGAUUAUAGUCGUAAGUGAAAAAGAUUCCAAAACCAAAAGGAAGGAUUGUAGUUGUAAGUGAAUGAGCAGAAUAAUUCCAAAUUAAAUUCAUUCAUGUUUGUGCGAGGAAAAUAUUAUCACAAUAAAGUAAUUAGUCAAUGUUAUGCUAUAUUCUCUAGCCAGUUGUAAACGUUACAAAGUAUAUAAUCGAUAUGUAAACCGGAAAACCCACAAGCUUGAUACUCAACUUAAUUGUAAUCAAGAGCGAAACCAUUAAAUAUUAUUUAAUGCAGGCUAUGUCUAUGCAGAAAAUGCCACAUUAUUUUUGAGCUUUUUCAUUGUCUCACCUCUGCAAUUGAAUGGUUAAAUAGCUAUUGACCAAAUGCAAUGGAAAGUGACAAAAAACCGAACAUAUUUUUGGUAUUUGGGCUUUUGCCACAAAGAUAUAUAAGAUAAUAUAUUUUUGCUCACUUAGCUCGAGUAUCAGAGAUGAAAUCUCUACAGAACAGCAAAGUCAACCAGAAUUGGUAUAUAAAUUUAACGAUUUGUGUGUGAAUUAUUCUCAAAUAUAUAUUCUCAUCUCUAAUGUAUGUAAAUCAAGAAGGAAUGGUAACUGCGUACAGACGACUACAUUUGUAGUUGGGUUUGAGGUUCGAGAUUAAAAAUGCUGGAAAUAUUUUUGUCAAAAGUUAUUCAACUCGAUCUAAAGUGUAAUUCAUUGAUUCAAAUUUUAAAUAAAUGUCCAACAUUACAGCAUGAA